AUGAUGAUGCGCGCCCGCAGCUGCGUCGCGAGCGCGGCGCAGAAAGGCCAUGUGGAAAUGCUCCAGUAUCUCUGCACCACUGGCUUGUCGGUGGUGCAUGUGUGGCCGAGUGUCUGCGCUGGCGGCCAUCUCGACAUGGCGCAAUACCUCUGGACGCAGGAGCUUGGUACGUGGGACGACGCAAACAUCAAUGGCGCGACCGAGCGUGGUCAUUUUGAACUGCUGCGCUUCCUGCUCGAUGUCGGCUACACUGGCUUUGACCGCCGCACGCUCGCACUGGCCAUCCAGUACGACCAGCUCGAAUUCGUGCAGUGUCUCGUGACAUAUGCCCUUGGCCCAGCAUCGGUCUCGCUUCCAAGCGCCUUGUGCGACGCCGUCGAGUACUCGCGACUGGAUCUUCUCUCGCGGCUCUGCGCCCAGCUCGGCGCCCAGGACCACUUGGCGGCGACAGAAGCCACUGCUCUCUACUACUGUGCCCCGACUGCGAUCGUUCAAUGCAUUCAAAACGCAAGGUACCGAAAUGCGGUCGCGCAGCGCACACGUUCGGUGCUGCUCUCCAAGGUCCAUUUCCAGGCCAUUAGUAUGUACCAAGAUGGUGUCGACACGAGCACAAGACAAGUGCGGGAGCUCUGCAAGGACCUCGCGCUCGUCUGCAACUACGAGAACGAGGUUCCGCUGCCAAGGACGUAUGCGACGUACCACGAACGCUUUUGUCAUUGGCUCUCGCGCCACGACCUCUCGCAACUCGACCUGCUCUGCUGGCCGCACCUCGUUGCCUAUGCGCUCUCGUAUGGCAACAUGGCGGUGCUCGAAGUGCUCCAGCCCCGGGUGUUUGCAGCCCAGCGACGCGUGGAGUUCGACUGUCAUGGCCGUUGCAUGUGCUAUAGCGCCAAGAACAACCUGUACUGCCACAAGGUCGCGUUCAACUGCGUGACGAUAUACGCGGCCGUUUCGGGCUACGCCGAGCUGCUUGCGUUCCUCUACAAGCACGACUGUGGGGUUGCCUGGGUGUGGUACUGCGUGAGCCUCUUCGGCCAUUUGAGCAUUGCGAAGUUUGCGCACGGCCAUCGCUUUGCUGGAUGGAAACCCCGCUUUAUGUGCAACGCCGCCUUGGCCGGCCACCUCAAUCUCAUCAUGUUCUUCCACGAGCACGACUACGCGGGCUUCGGGCCGCAUGCCAUCUCGGCAGCCGUGCACAGCGGGAACGUGGACCUCACAUUUACGCGGUAA